CAUGGCUGCCUAGCAACGGGUUUGGUCUGAGCUAAGUAUUGCAUGAAUAAUGUCACCCUUGUCGGUUAAUGGUUUGCUUUGGAUGUUCUUUACUAUUCUGAUGGUGACGACUCGGGCAUUAAACAGCUCAGGGUUUUACCCCUCUAGGAUUCUCUUGACUGGAACAAAAGCCACAUCAUUCCUUGUUGUUGGAAACUUUUCAUCAGUCAGUUUGUAUCUGACUAUAUUAAAUAAUGAAACUAUGGUUCCUACACCAGGCUGUGAUGGAAAUAACAAGACAGAUGAUUGGUUCCUUACUUUGCAGAAGACAACAAUAUCGGUUAACAAGUUGCAGAAUAUAUUUAAUGUCACUAUACAUUUGAACAGAACACUAUGUACUACAAAUGAGUCAUUUUGCUGCAUGGAAUCUCCCUGCAUUGUGGAUACUCUCCAGGUUUCUGCGUGUGAGAAUCAGAGUGUUGUGGGCAGUCUCCUUAUACAAGCUGCAAUCUCUGCCAAUAGCACGUUCACAGGGACUGUGUCAGAUAAUGCAACAGUGAUACCUACCCAGGCCUACCACCCUCUGGGAUCCUGCCCUUGUAAUCUAACCGCUGGAGCCUGUGAUGUUGGUUGCUGUUGUGAUGCGGAAUGCAAUGCAGAUAUGAAGGCACUGUUUAAUGGAUUCUGCUACACAGAAGUGUUUGGUGGAAACGUUGCUCCUGCUUUUGACCAGCUGUGUAGUACUCAGCCUAAUAACCAGGUUCCUGACUGGUUCCCUUUCCUAUGUGUUCAGUCCUCCAUGAACAAUUCCCCAUUUCUGGGCUAUUUUUACCAAGGCUCCACAGUGUCUCCAUCUCAACAGGCUGCUUUCAGGGGCAUUUUCCAAACCAUUCCAGAUAGUGCAUCUAGUGGAUAUAAACAAGGGAAUGCCAUUUUAGUAGAGCAGAAUCGGUAUUUAACAAUUCCACAGCGAGCCACAAUCGGUGUGUGUGAGAGGAAUGCCCCCGUUGCUUACUUACAGAAUUUCCAAGCAACAUGUGUCCGUGAGCUAAAAACAUGCUCAGAUCUUCUGAGUAUUGAUAUCAAUUCAACUGUAUUGAAGGGCAAUGGAGGAACCGUAAACCUUAAUGUGAAUUAUCCGAACAUUACCAAUGUGAACAACUACAUCACAUUCUCAGAAGUUGCCUUGCCUCAGUCUUUAACUUGCUUGGACAUCAUUGUAUCUGCAAACUAUACAUUUUUUUGGCUUGACAAAACAUUAAUAGAAAUAAAUGUUUCAAUCAUCACAGCAAACAUCACCCUAAGUCAUCAAGCACAACUGAUUCAAAAAUUCAACGCAUCAUUCCUCUCCAAUAGCAGCUCGCCAUCCACUCCUUUAUCUGGAAAUCCAGGAUACUUGAUUGGAAAGCCUGUUAUUGUGGCAAAUGGGAGCUCUCCGCUUGUUAGAGCCGCCAUGGAUCUUUGGAAGCCUGUUUUGGAUAGUUCCUGCUCUUCUGCCAUUCGCACACCAGUUUUGUUUGGAGAAGCCUCUAUUUCUGGAUGCCUUCUAAAAGUGGAUAAUGAAGAGUGUGACCAGCUAAGGAUGAAUGUUACGUCCAAACUCCUGUCUUUGGUUACAGCUAAAGUCAUAGCCAAAAAAGGGAACUCUAAUCUCAGCAACCAGAGUGAAUGGGUGCCUGUUAUAUAUGAAGAACCCAGUACCCCAUGUACGGAUUGCCCUGCUGCAAACGUAAUGUGUUUAAGUGUCCCAGCAAACAUGAAUAUACAGAUCAUGACAGCAGUUACUGGAGCAGUGGAGGGGAUUCUACAGGAAGAAAUUCUUGCUGCCAAAAUAAGUUUUUCUACAGUUAAUGUAGAUUGUGUCCAUAACUGCAGCCUAACCCUCCCAAUCAGCACGUCUGUUCAGUUUAUCAAAGUACCAGCUCAGCCAACGUCUAGAAUGGCAAGAUUCCAGUUGAACUACACAGAAUAUGAUUGUGAGAGGAAUGAAGUUUGCUGGCAACAACUUGCAUACCCACUAACACAGUAUUACACAGGGGAGCCUCAUCAUUUGACCCUUGCUAAAGGAAUGAUCCUGGUUUUCUUCUUUAUUGUCACUGCAGUUUUGGGUGAACCAUGGAACAGAAUCCGCAACGCCUGGAAUAAUAAGUUAUAAACUGCUGUGAUGCGUUUAUCUGUAAAGGAAUCGCAUGUCACGUUUGAUGCUAAAUAAUUUAAUAAUGUUAUAUUUUUUUAAUGUUUUGAAGAAAAAAGCAACUUUUUAUACACAAGUGUUUAUAAUUAAAUUGCAGCCUAUUUAUUAUAUAAAAUAGACACUUAAAAUAAUAAAAAAAAAACUUGUGAAAUUUUA